UAAAAGGACUCUCUGACAAACAACCAUUUACACAGUCUUGAAAGUUUACUGUCAAUGUACUGAGCAGUUCUGUAUUUCAAAAUGCAGGCAUACCUUCUUUCCCAGCAAUUUAGUGGUAGCUCUUUGGCAGAAAACUCCACAGCUUGUCCAGAAAAUGCUACUAUUUGUGAUGGCACGUCUUGUGUAUUACCAGAAGAUAAUUUUAAUGAAACUUUGAGCGUAGUUUUAAGUACUGUUCUAACAAUUAUGCUGGCUUUGGUGAUGUUCUCCAUGGGCUGCAAUGUGGAUCUUAAGAAUUUCUUGGGCCACAUAAAAAGACCCUGGGGUAUUUUUGUGGGUUUCCUUUGCCAGUUUGGAAUUAUGCCUCUCACAGCCUUCUUGCUGUCUUUGGCCUUUAACAUCCUUCCUAUUCAAGCUGUCGUGGUGCUGAUCAUGGGAUGCUGUCCAGGAGGCACAGCCUCCAAUGUCAUCGCCUACUGGGUGGAUGGAGACAUGGACCUAAGCAUCAGCAUGACAACUUGUUCCACACUGCUUGCAAUGGGAAUGAUGCCCCUUUGCCUCUUUAUUUACACCAAGAUGUGGACUGAUUCUGAUGCAAUUGUACUCCCCUAUGACAGCAUUGGAAUUUCUCUGGUAGCUCUUGUAAUUCCGGUUUCAUUUGGAAUGUUUGUUAACCACAAAUGGCCCAGUAAAGCGAAAAUCAUACUUAAGGUCGGUUCCAUUGUGGGAGCAAUCCUCAUCGUGCUCAUUGCUGUGGUUGGGGGAAUACUCUACAAAGGCUCCUGGAUUAUCUCACCCAAAUUAUGGAUCAUUGGCACCAUAUUUCCAGCAGCUGGCUAUUCCUUAGGAUUCUUCUUGGCUCGCAUAGCUGGUCUGUCUUGGCACAGAUGUCGCACAGUGUCUCUGGAAACAGGCAUGCAAAAUACUCAGCUAUGUUCAACUAUAGUACAGCUCUCAUUCAGCCCUGAACAACUUGAACUGAUGUUUACUUUCCCACUCAUCUACAGCAUCUUCCAGCUGUUGUUUGCGCUGCUAAUUUUAGGAGGGUACCGUCUUUACAGAAGACACCGUGUCAAAACAAAGACAGACGUCGAGAAAACAGAGCAAAAAGAGGAUUCCACAUCAAAUGCUAAAAUCAAUGGUGGAUUUGUAUCAAAUGAGACCAAAUAGACACUUACCUCUGCUCCCACCAGCUGGAAAGAUAAAAAAUAUGUGGUUUACUUAAAACUUUUUUUUCACAUGCUGUUCGUUUACAGAAAUAUUUAACAAAAGAAGUUCUGCUGAUAUUUUACAGUAAGACUUCAAAAUUAUUAACUUAAGAAAGAUUACUACUUUGAUUUUGAGCAUGGUUCCAGCCACAAUUGUAGAAUCUGGUUUUGAAGCUAAGUCUCAAAAAUAUGUAAUGUUUUAUUCUGGCUUAUUUAAAGAAAGGCAGAAUAAAGGUGAGCUAUUGCUAAAAAACAAGCAGAUGUAUGCAAUAUCAGCUCUAGCCCAUAGUCCUGCAAAUCCCUCUGCUGGUCUCAGCCCUCACACUAAAGAAAGAGAAAUCCUGUGAAAGUGCCUGAGCAGCAACGGGAGUUGAUGUGGAAGAUCUGAUAAGGCUGAAUAUGAAUCAACCAUGAAAUUGGAACAAGCCAAUAAUGAAACAAAAGUUUCAUUUAGGUCAGUGUGGGCAGAAUAAAGUCAUUGCACCGUAUUAAUUGCUUGAACAAUAAUUUAUUCUAAAGUUAUAAUUUUAAUAAGUACAAGGUACCUUAUGGCUCUAUUAUUUUUUUCCAAAGUAAUAGAAAGUAACAGCUUUACAUCUUCAGUCUGGGUCUUUUCAGUGCUAGAAACAUGAAAAGAGAGACAGCG